AUCAGUUUUUAUAUGCAAAUAAAUCAAAAAAAGUCGAGAGUCGAAAGUGAAAAGUCGACUUCAGUCGACUUCCAUAAACUAAAAGUUGAUCACUAAAAUUCGACUUUCAGGAGUAAAAAGUCGAUUUUGGUCGAUAGUCGAAGUCGACUUUGCCGUCCCUACAAUGUAUUGGAUGAUUUCCGUGAAAAUACCAUCGUGAUUUUCGUGAUUAUAAACUAAAAAAUGUUUAGAAAUGCAUACAUGCAUGAGGAAACCCCAUACAUCAAAUUGGUUUUGUUAUGGAUGAUAAUUACAUUUGUUUCUGGUGCAACUAUUUUUUUGAUUGGUUUCUUUCCAAUAAAUAACUAUUCCGCAGAACAUGGUACAGGAGAGGGCCGCCCACAAAAUUUGGACGAGUUGAGAUUGAAGCCGCCGGCUCAAGUUUAUGCUCAGACUAUACUUAUGUUAGUGGAUGCACUGCGCUCAGAUUUUCCUACACCAAUGAGUAUGCCAUUUUCUUACAAAAACUCGUGCAGUAGACUUAAAUUGAGAGUCAAUAUACCUACCGUGACUAUGCCUCGCCUUAAAAGCCUAACAACUGGUACCGUUUCCAACUUCAUUGACAUCAUCCUAAACAUUGGUCAUGUCGAACAGCUGUCAGAUUCACUACUGCAUCGCCUAAAAGAACGUAAUGAAACUACGGUUUUCGCUGGUGAUCGCACGUGGAUAAGCCUAUUCCCCAAACAAUUUAAACGCUCUACAGCUAAUUUGGAUUCAUUUUUUGUAAACGACUUUUUUGAGGGCGACAAGAAUGUUACCGAGGUACUAACUAAUGAGCUUCAGCAAACAGAUUGGAUGUUGUUAGUGCUACAUUAUCUAGGUUUGGACCAUAUUGGACAUGUAGAAGGCAGUGAAAGUCCAAAAAUUCCAUUAAAGUUAAAUGAAAUGGAUGAAGUCGUGCAAAAAGUUUCUACAACAAAAAGCUUUCACAGGCAGCUACUCCUAUUGACUGGUGACCAUGGUAUGAAGGAUGGGGGUGGACAUGGAGGCAGCACUUAUGGCGAAAUGUAUGUGCCCUUACUUGUAUUCAAGGAAAACUGUAGCACUUCAAGUAUCAAUUCUAAAGAGUAUCAUCAAAUUGACGUAGCACCUACAUUAGCAUUAUUGUGGUCUAUAGAAAUACCACCAAUGUCUAUCGGUUGUUUGAUUCCUGAGCUCUUAUCUGACCUAUCUUUCGAAGAUCAACUGUACGCGUAUUAUUACAAUGCUUUGCAUUUAGUGCGGAAAGUUGAGAGAAAAUUCGGUCAAAAAUAUAUGCAAUCCAGUUCUAAAAGAAAAUGGUUUGAACAUGCCAAGUCAGCGCAUAAACGUUUCCUUUAUCUCAAACGAAGUGAGAACUUUGGCAAUGCAUUUAUUUUCGAAGAUGCCAAAGUGCAUUAUUUACGGGUGUCACGGGAAAUUUCUGAAAAAUUAUCCGACUCUUUGGUGCGAUUCGACUAUGGACUCAUUACCAUGGGGCUACUGCUAACCACAUUGGUGGUUUUACAAACACUGGUGAUAUUUUACAAUAUAAAGGAGCACAAUUUUAUUACCGGAAAAUGCACAUUCCUUGGCGUUAUUGCAAUUGCCGUAUGCAUAUAUAAAUGGUGUUACCACCAACGUUACCUUACUGCUAUUGGCACUGCAAGCAACUUUGGGCUUUUGCUGGCAAUAGUGACACUCGUUUACUUAAUAGUAAAUAUAGUCAACUUUUUUUGGAGCAAUUUUUAUGCUGGCAAAGAUAUCAGGAUAUCACUUCCAAGCCUUACCUGGGCGCUUUUGGGUUGCUUAAUAUUCCAAACGUUAUCAUUGGCAUCUUCGUCAUUCAUCGAAGGUGAAGAAAAAACUUGGCACUAUCUAGGUACGAGUGCAUUAAUUUUGCUGUACCUGCGAAGCUUCAGUAGAGACUUGUGGGAUAACAAACCGGAAAUGUGUGUCGGCAGCGCAGCAUUAUCGAAAAUUUUAUUUAUGAAGAUUUUAAAAUCCCGCUAUUCAUUGCUAACGAUUGCCGGCUUGGGAAUUUUAGCACGUUUUAACCUUGUUGCAUCUUACAUUAAUCAAGUAAAUUCUAAGGCAUUGUUAAGCUGUCUGUUUGCAACUGGACUUGCCCUAUUUUCGUUGUGCCUACGCCAACAGGCACUCGUUCAAACCCGUAAAGAAGUUGUGGCUUAUUCUUUAGCUGCAAUGCUGAUUUAUUGCUAUCGGGCUUCUAAAGGACGUGUUCUCUUUGUGUUUGACACAAGCUGUUGUGAUAACAUUAUUCUGAAUAUAUUUUGGCUCAUUGUCGGUAUUACCACUUGCCUUGGCUUAUCAACUGUGAUAGUAAACUCGAAACGACUGAACCGGUUCCGAACGCGCACCUACUCAACAGGUUGCAACAAUAUUCUACUUACUUCUUUACUUAUGAUUUCGCUACUGCUGCAUAAACCGCACAACGCGGUUCUAGUCGCUUAUGCGAUAUACACUCUUUCAAUGACUUAUGAGUUGUGUGACAGAUUAGAUAUAAUUCUACGUACACACAAGCUCUUAGCAAAAGUCCUGUGUACUAUAUUUGUCGCAAAUAUGUUCUACUUUUAUCAGGUAAGUGGCUUACAUAGCUUUUCAUAUUUACGAAUUAAAUUUUUUCAGGGCAAUUCAAAUAGUUUUGCUACUAUUGAUCUUAAUCCUGGUUACGUUGGUCAAACUGCAUAUAAUCCAAUCAUUGUGGGCAUCCUUGUAACACUCAAUAUGUACUCUGCUCAAUUUAUUGCAUUUCUGUAUUUCAUUAUGCAUAUUUUGCAUGAAAAUAAUAUUAGAAAAAUCAGUCAAUCGUUUUCUGAUGAUCGCAUAAAUUUCAUUCUCUGUUUCUACACGUUAAGUAUAUUUGUUCCAGUAUUGGGAUACUUUUGGUUACUGUUAUUUUUUCGAUAUCAUCUAUUUAUCUACUCGGUAUUCGCGCCGAAAGCCUUUUAUGAAUUUUACAGAGUCGUUGUGCUUUUAUUAACAUUUUUAAUGACAACAAUAAAUUUGUACAUUUUCAAUAAGUAACAUUAGUUAAUGCGCUA